AUGACUUUCCAUCUUUCCUGGGCCUGUGUAAUAAUUUGUUGUAUUUUUGCUUCUUUAGCAAAAACAUCCAAUAUCUCAGAUAUGUAUCCCCCUCUGUGGAAAGAGAGUCCUGGUCAGUUCAGUGACUACAAGAUAGAAAAUGGGAAGUACAUCAUUAACUUCUGGCAUUACCCUGAGAGACUGGGGAUGUAUAAAAUCCUACUGAACAAGACAGCCAAGUAUUUUGCAAAAUUUUCACCAGAAAAUGAACAAAAUAUUUUAUGGGGACUGCCUAUACAUCAUGGAUGGCAAUAUCAUACAGGCAGAUUAGCUGAUCCGACCCGAAGUACAGAUUGUGGCCUUAAGUCUGGGGAUCAUCUCUGUAUCUCUGUGGACAGUUGGUGGGCUGACCUUAAUUAUUAUCUCUCUGCAAUGCCCUUCCUUGCUGCAAUUGAUUCUGGCAUAAUGGGGAUAUCAUCAGAUAAUGUCACCUUUCUGCCACCAUCCAAGGAUCAGAUGAAUUUUUGUUACAGUGUUUCUAACUGCCAAUCAUCAUUUCCAGAAGCAAUGAAAAAGUGGAAUGAAUUUUACCAGCACAUAAAAUCACAUUCUAGUAGCUUUGAUGACCUGUUGGAGUACUUAUGGGCUGCACAUGUCUCAUCUUUGGAGGUUGCUCAUAAAAAUUUUCAAAAUAGAUUAAAAUAUUAUUCUAAACAAGAAGCUGAUUUUGCAAGAAGCUGGGCUUUAUUUGUGGAUUAUUUAGCUCCACCAUGCUUUCCUACAACCUUAAUUAGAACAUAUGAAUUCCAGAAGGAGCUUCCAAGACGAAUGCUUGUUAGUGGAGAUAAAGUUCCCUUCAUCGGUGAUUUUAGUGGCUUUCAGAACACAAUGCUGUUUGCUCUAAAUCUUCUCCACAAAGUGCAUACAUAUACAG